AUGUCCAGAGCCGGGCGUAAAUCCACAGUAGAUGUCCCACCUCUACCUGUAACCACACAGCAGUCUAUGGGGGAAACAGUAGCUGCACGGCGGAGUGCUCGCAACAAGUCUGUUGCCGACACUACACCCACUACACCUACCUUUGUGUCAACAGAGACGUCAGCCAAGCGAAAGCGUUCCACAAAAGAUACACCGGCCUCGAAGAAGACAAAGAAAGCAUCAAAUAACAAGUCUGCCACAGCGGCCAUGAACACACCAUUGAAGUCUAAGCCAGCAAAGGCUCGAAAGCAUGGGGCUAUACAGGUCAAUGUAGACAUGCCUGAGGAAGAUCCAUAUAUUGCUUCCCCGCCGCCGUCAGUUUCCAACGACAUCAUUUCAGCGAGAGAGCAUACAGAGCCAGAUAUUGACUCUAGUGGUCCAGAGGAUAAUGAUGACGGUCAUGGCAUAAUCGAGAAUGAGCGGGAACAUGACCGACAAGCUGUACACUCCUUUGAGAUGGAGGCGGCACAUUUCUGUUCAUCAUUGUCGGAAAACUAUGUGCCUCGUAUCCGUUCAUCAAGUCUUGAUCUGUCUUCUUCUCCUUACACAUCACCGGCGUCAGAUUUCAAUGACAAUUCUGUAGUAGAGCAAUCACCUCCACUCCAACAGGUGACACAAGAAGUUGCGAGGAAGCUCGAAUAUGAGCUGCCACGGAUCACUAAUGAGAACCUUCCAACAUCGAAGAAUAUUCCUGUACCUGUACUGGUCAAUAAAACACGUUUGACUACAACACUUCCAGCAACAGUUCCACUGGUGGGUCCCACUUGGAGAGAUCGUACCACUAUUGCAGUUCAUUGCAAGGGGACUUCUGGGCACACCUGGAUUCUCAGCAAAAGUGGACAAUCUACAACUAUGCAAGGUGUAAUUGAGCGAGCCAUCAAAGAAGGUAAGGCUGAGCUUUUAACAGGCCACAAGUAUUGUCCUUUGGAUUCAGAAGAAGUGAAGCAACUCGCUAUAAGCUCACUAAUCAAGGCUGCGGAACAAUUAGGAUAUGAGGGCGAGCAUGAUGUAGCUGAUCGUUUGGAACACGGAGAGCAUGACACGUAUAUUAAGCCUUUGACAGCUUAUGUGGCUAGCCGCAUUGGAAACGAGUGGGCAAAGGAGCUGAAAGGGAUUGGAUUGAGUGCCGUUGUUGUUAAUGCUUACGGAUUGAAUAACUUCGGAGGGACUAUGACUGCAGCUCAAAUAAUUCUUACCAAACAUUUCAUGUAUGGUCUCGAUCCGAAUGGCAAUUUCAAUAAUCUCAAACCUUUCCAACAUCGUGCAUACAUUGCCUAUGUCCAAGGGACAUUCUUCGGUACAGGGUUAUAUGGUACAGUGAUCCGAGGAUGUCAAGGCCGUUUCACCUCCUCAAAUCAGAGCAAGCCACUAGAAUUGGAGCUCACAAAAGGCAUGGUGGCCCUUGCAACAGCUGGGAUUCACGCAUUACUCAAUGACUACUCGCGUGGUGGUCAUCCCGCAAGCUUCCCAGCCACAGAGUCUGCUGCGAUUUGGAGGACUGCCAUUUCUACCCUCGAGAAUAUCGAACGUGUCAACCGCGUGCUCUACCAUAAGAUUAUGCAUGAAUUGUACAUGGCAACUCCUGGUGCAUUGCCACUUGCUCAGCAUGGUUGGUCGCAGCAACAGAUCCUUGACACGACAGAUUGGGCUGCGCUUGCUGCAGACAAUGUUGACACUUCUCCCGCUGCUCCUGCCGCCUCUACAACAUAG